CCCUUGGACACCAUCGGGCAAGCCGUGCUCCGCCGUAGCGAGACCAUCGCUCCCGUGGCAGAGCCGCCUACCCGGGCCGCCGAUGGGCUCCUGGUUCCCGCCGCCCGCGACGGGCUGAGCGAGGUGCUGGCCCGCCUGCUCAUGCUCUCCAAGCGCUGCCCCUUCCCCGACGUGAGGGAGAAGAGCGAGGCGAUCCUCAGCGAGGUGCAGGAACUCGGAAUAAGAAUUCCUAGACCACUGGGACACGGACCAAGCAGAUUCAUCCCCGAGAAGGAGACGAUUCAAGUGGGAAACGAAGACGCCAUGAUGCACACGCUGUUUGCAGAUUCUUUUGCUACGCUGGGCCGAUUGGACAACGUUACCUUGGUGAUGGUUUUCCACCCACAGUAUCUUGAAAGCUUUCUGAAAACUCAGCACUAUCUACUGCAAAUGGAUGGUCCACUCCCACUUCAUUACCGACACUACAUCGGGAUAAUGGCUGCAGCACGACAUCAGUGCUCUUACCUUGUUAACCUCCAUGUGAAUGACUUCCUUCAUGUCGGUGGAGACCCUAAAUGGUUGAAUGGUCUGGAAAAUGCACCUCAAAAACUGCAAAAUUUAGGAGAACUGAACAAAAUGUUGGCUCACCGACCCUGGCUUAUCACCAAAGAACAUAUCGAGCAACUUUUGAAGACUGAAGAGAACAGCUGGUCCCUGGCAGAACUGAUCCACGCGGUCGUUCUCCUUACACAGUACCACUCCCUUGCUUCCUUCACGUUUGGUUGUGGAAUCAGCCCGGAGAUCGACUGUGAAGGUGGUCACACCUUCAGGCCCCCUUCCGUCAGUAACUAUUGCAUAUGCGAUAUUACAAACGGUUACCACGGGGCGGAUGAAAUUCAUGCCAGCCCAACUGGAAGUAUUCCAUCUACAGAGUCUGUCUGUGAAGUUGAAGCUCUUAUGGAGAAAAUGAAGCAGCUACAGGAGUGCAGAGAUGAAGAGGAAGCCAGCCAAGAAGAGAUGGCUACACGUUUUGAAAGAGAGAAGAGAGAAAGCAUGUUCGUUCUCUCUUCAGAAGACGAAGAAUCGGCACCAACAAGAGAUGUGUCUCGUCACUUCGAGGAUACCAGCUAUGGUUACAAAGACUUCUCCAGACAUGGAAUGCACGUGCCCACCUUUCGCGUUCAGGAUUAUUCCUGGGAAGACCAUGGCUAUUCCUUGGUUAAUCGUCUUUACCCAGAUGUGGGACAACUACUUGAUGAGAAGUUUCAUAUUGCUUAUAAUCUGACUUACAACACAAUGGCCAUGCACAAAGAUGUGGAUACCUCAAUGCUAAGACGAGCUAUUUGGAACUAUAUUCAUUGUAUGUUUGGAAUAAGAUAUGAUGAUUAUGACUAUGGUGAAAUUAAUCAGUUGUUGGACCGCAGCUUUAAAGUUUAUAUCAAGACUGUGGUUUGCACUCCUGAAAAGACCACGAAAAGAAUGUAUGAUAGCUUCUGGAGGCAGUUUGAACACUCUGAGAAGGUCCAUGUAAAUUUGCUUCUGGUAGAAGCUCGGAUGCAAGCCGAACUACUUUAUGCUCUGAGAGCUAUUACUCGCUAUAUGACCUGAUGUCUCCGGCUGCCUGUUGACGUUCGAAUGUUCUGCAGCUGCAGUAUGGCAGAGGAAGAUACGAAGCCUCAGGACCAACGGUAGCUAUAAGUUAAGAUGCCCAUUGUGCCAUAACUCCUUUAGUUUCAGCUAUUUCCGUGUUUGGAACAUCACUGCUGCCGCUCGGCAGUGAACGCUUGGCAGUUGACAGGGUUGUGCAGAAGUGCUGCCUGCUCAUGGUAUUUUGGCUUUAGACAGCACGGGACACUCUAUGAACUUGUGGCAAUAUAGCAAAUGAUAGAUAUAUAGAUCUUGUGUUAAGGCAAAUACUACGGGAGUUGGAGCGUGAAAAGAAGCGGGACUUGAU